CGUCAGUCCUCGCGAACACAGCUUGUUUUGGAGGAAGUGAGGGCUAGUUCAGUCCGUAGCUAGCAGGUUAGCUUGUCAGGAAAAGUGAGUACCAACGAGAAACUGACGGUUAUACAGAAUAAUUUUACGUCGACAGUGUUAUUUUCGACAGGCAGGUUUAGUGGAAAGACUAGCUGACAGACAGCUAAUCCGCUGUGGGCUUUUGUAGGGUGUAGUUUUGUUCCGGGCAGACAUUUGUUGGAGCUGUUUGUUAGCCUGUCACUCAGCCCUGCGCCUUUAGCUCGGCACUUCCAUUAGACGAAGAGGAAAAAUCCACCUUUGAUUUCUUCCCUUUUUUUUAUUAUUUGGAGGCGCACCACACAGCUGCAGGACGAUGACGUCAAGGAAGAAAGUACUACUUAAAGUCAUCAUCCUUGGAGACUCUGGUGUUGGGAAGACCUCAUUAAUGAACCAGUAUGUGAAUAAGAAGUUCAGCAACCAGUACAAAGCAACAAUCGGAGCUGAUUUCCUGACAAAAGAAGUUAUGGUAGAUGACAGACUCGUCACAAUGCAGAUCUGGGACACAGCYGGUCAAGAGAGGUUUCAGUCCUUAGGCGUAGCUUUCUACCGUGGAGCAGACUGCUGUGUUCUGGUCUUUGACGUCACCGCACCCAACACCUUCAAGACUUUAGACAGCUGGAGGGACGAAUUCUUGAUCCAGGCAAGCCCACGAGAUCCAGAGAACUUCCCCUUCGUGGUGCUCGGCAACAAGAUCGACUUGGAGAACAGACAGGUAACAACCAAACGAGCACAGGCUUGGUGCCAGAGCAAGAACAACAUCCCAUAUUUUGAAACCAGCGCUAAGGAGGCAAUCAAUGUGGAGCAGGCCUUCCAGACUAUUGCACGCAAUGCUCUAAAACAGGAAACUGAAGUGGAGCUGUACAACGAGUUCCCCGACCCGAUAAAGCUGGACAGGAACGAGCGAGCCAAGCCRUCUGCAGAAACCUGCAGCUGCUGAGGACUCUGAAGAUCAGCGGGUCACCCUCGAUACCCUGUCUUGCCUUGUCUAUAUACCCCCUUCCCUAUGGCCAACUGUGUUAUGCCCUAAUGCCCACCAUCCAAGCAGCAUCCCAUGCAGAGUACAUGACAACCCAAUGUGCAACAGUCACUUCYUUAUGUAAACAAAACACACAUUUUCUAUCAAAUCUGAAUCUCCUAGCCCAAAGAGCACCUCAAGAGAAUAUGACGUAUGAUGCUUGUCACUUCCCAGUGUUUCCCCUCAUGAUGGUUUGGGUUUAUUUCAUAUUCAGGUYCACAUAUAAUGCUGCUUUCACUCCCCAGUUUGGUCCGAACUGCUUUUAUUUUGAUACUCGCAGUGGAAAAUUAAAACAUUACAUCGAUGUGUAUUUUGAAGGUUUUAAAUUAAGUUAGACAAAUUGUAUUUUUUUUUUAAAUCAAAGCAGUUAUUUGUAGUGUAGUCAGCCCAUCAGUGCUGCAUGGACAAGUAAACCCUGCUGGCCCAUAAUCAUUUGUGUUGUGGCUUAAAUUACCGUCACUCUUAAAAAAUACUUGUUACCAUGUUUUCACAUAAGCCUCAUAAAAAGAAAGUUAUUUAAUCUGGGGUGUGUGUGUGUGUUUGUGUGUGUGCGAGAAAAUUUGCACAAGUAGAUUACAACAUUAUGCUGGUCCUUAAUAAUUGGCAAAAAAAAAAAAAAGAAUACAGUUCAUCUUUACUCAACAUGUAAUUAUUUCCACUUUUUUAUCAUAUUAAAUAACUUAGAUUUGUAGAACAGCUCAUUUUGAGCCACAGUUGGUGUGAUUGUUGCUCAGUUUGAGACUUCGCUCCAUGAUGUCUGUUUCUUUACUUCUUGUAAUCUAUUAGUUCAUUCAGCGUCUGAGGUGAGAAUGAACCAAAUCAGUACGGCGUAUUAAUCUGCCUGGUGUCUUUUGCUUUUAGCUUGUUUUGUUUUUUCCUCUCAGCUAUUUCAAGGACUUGUAAAUUUGCAUACAUCUCGUGUUGUAAAUCUCCAUAUUUGACUUUACCAUUUGUUUGUGUUGAUAAACCAUUUAAGUGCUUGACUUUUCUUUUAACCAAUCAGAUCUUUAACUGCCUGUUUGUAUUUUGUUAAAACUUAGAAAGCAUACAUACUGUACUACAUACAUACAUACAUACUCAAGAAUGGAAAAUGUGGGGAAGUAUUUGGCAUUCAUUAUUAUUACAUAUUAAUAUGAUAAAUGCACAUCUACAUUGUUUCAAAAUGUCUGUUUGAAGUAAAGAAAAUAAAAAUCUUGACUUAA